AUGCAGCGAUUUCCACCCAUUCCCCAGCAGUACACUAUAAUGAGGCUCUACGCAGUCUCGCCCAUGGCAUUCUCAGAUAGUACAAAUGAUGAGGUAGUGACCUCUUCUGAUGAUCAAGAAGAAAAUGAACUUGUGGAGCAGCCAUGGUUUCAUGGACCACUAAAUCCAAAGAUAGCCUUCAAUCGCCUUCUAAAUAGUGGUUCCUUUCUGGUGACAAGUGAUGAACAUGACCAAUCGUUAUUCUACCUUUUUAUGAAGUGGAAUGGUCGGUGUUUUUGCAUUGAUAUUCCAUUCAAUCCAAUAACGAAAAAUUAUACACUUGGAUCUGUCGCGCGCAAUAACUUUGUGGAUUUAAUAAACUUUUACAUAACAAACCAGCUUCCCGUUAGGGAUGACAUUGGCGCCAUUCUUUUUUCACCUGUCGUUGUUCCUCGAUCCGAUAAUAUGAAUGAGUCUAAAGUUUACUCUUCACUGCACGGAGCAGCGCCCAAAGAAUCUAGGGUC